AAAUCUUAAUCUUACUCUUACAGACUGUUGCAUUCAUCUUCUGAUCAGAGUUCCCAGUUUCAACCACUCAUUGAACUCCACCAGAACAUGGGUGAAGAAGCAGAAAUCCCCACCGUUGAUUAUGACACCAAGUCACUUACGGUGAAGAUAUCUAAUUCCGGCAAGGAAACUCUCGCCGGCAACUCGUUGACGAAGAACCCAUCGGCGAAUUCGUCUCCGUACAACUCCCCACUUAUCUCCCCUCCUUCAUCAGCCUUCGUUUCGGCAUUGCAAUCACCUUACAUUUCUCCAAGGGCUACCGUCGCCACCACCGCCGGAGCCGGAGCCGGAGCCGGAAACCCUUCCGACGAAAGUCCAACUCCGGCGACCACACUCACCCACCCCUCCUAUCCGGUUUCCUCCGACGAUGUCCCCAGCACGUCCUACAACACCCCACCGCCGGAGAAGCUCAAGAUCGUCACUUGCGUUCCGGGUCCGGGUCCGGGUCCGGGCCAGGAAAAUGCGGGCCGGAUUUCGUUCUCGUUUCCCGCCCCUCGAAUCUCGUUCGCCAAGGGCGGGUACGCCUCUUCUCCCGCCGGCGCCGCCGCCGCCGCCGCGAACGCGAAGCUGAGGAGCUGCGACGUGUACGUGGGCUUUCACGGCCAGAACCCUAACUUAUCUCGGUUCUGCAAAUGGCUGAAAUCGGAGCUCGAGAUACAGGGCAUCGCCUGCUUCGUCGCCGACAGAGCAAAGUACGCCGACAACCAGAGCCACGAAAUCGCCGACAGGGUUAUCUGCUCCGUCGCCUACGGUGUCGCGGUGGUCACAAACCACAGCCUCCUCAACCACCUCAGCUUAGAAGAAAUCAGAUUCUUCGCCCAGAAAAAGAAUCUAAUCCCAUUAUUUUUCAACACCGACGCCGACGAAAUCACCACCCUCUUCAACCCAAACGGAGACAAUAACAACAAGGAGUGUAAAGAAGCACUCGACGGACUAAUGAAAUGCCACGAGUUCAAAUUAGAAGCCGAUGAGGGAAACUGGAGAAGCACCGUAUCAAGAACCGCCGCCAUAUUGAGGGGCAAACUCGGAAGAAAGAGCGUCGCCGAAAAGGAAAUCAAUGCACACACAAACGAAGAACUACCCUUUCCUCGAAACAAGAAUUUCGUCGGCAGGGAGAAAGAAAUUACAGAUAUCGAAACUGCAUUUUUCGGGUGUGGAGAUUAUUUCGAGCAAGAAUGUAGUAGAAUUACGGUCCCGACCGUUAAAAACGUGACACCUGGACAAUCCGACGACGGAGAAAGCGAAGUCGGAGGCAAAUACAUUAGUUUGGAACCGAAUUUAGAGGCGUGGGUUGAGCCAGCAAUUGGAAGAAACUCUCUCAAAAGGGCUAAAUACAAGAAAUCGAAAAGUGGGAAGUACAAGAGCUUUGGUAGCAGCAUUGUGUGUGUAACCGGUUCACCGGGAGUUGGAAAAACCGAGCUGGCUUUGGAAUUCGCUCACCGAUUCUCGCAGAGGUACAAGAUGGUUUUGUGGGUGGGCGGGGAAUCUCGGUAUUUCAGGCAGAAUAUACUGAACAUAUCUCUCAACAUGGGAUUGGAUGUGAGCGCGGACGAAGAGAAGGAGAGGGGUAGGAUCCGUAAUUUCGACGAACAAGAAUCGGAAGCGUUCAAAAGGGUUAAAAGGGAAUUGUUUCGCGAGAUGCCCUAUUUACUCAUAAUCGACAAUCUUGAAACCGAGAGGGAAUGGUGGGAAGGUAAAGACCUACACGAUUUAAUACCAAGAAACACGGGCGGGACCCACGUGAUCAUUACAAGUAGGCUCUCGAGAGUGAUGAGCAUCGAUCCGAUGCAUCUUCAGACACUGCCUUUGCCCGAAGCAACAACACUGAUCAAAGGGAGACGGAAAAGGGAAUAUCCGGAUGCUGAGCUGGAAUUUCUCGGAAAAUUCGACGAGAAAUUGGGUCGAUCGAGUUUUGGCUUAAAUGUGAUAAGCUCGUUGCUUUCGGAACUCGGAAUAUCACCGUCUGCUUUGUUUGAGGCGGUGAACCAGGUUCAGUACGAUGAAACGAUAAACUGCUUGAGUUUGAGCAGUUCAGAGCAGCAAUUCUGCAGGACAAGCCCUUUCCUAAUGAAGGUCUUGUCCUUUUGCGGUGAUAUAUUACAGCAAGUCAACGGCAAUGGGAACACUCUUGCUUCAAGAAUGCUUCAAGCUGGAGCAUGGUUUGCACCUGCACCAGUUCCAGCAAAUUUAUUAGCUACAGCAGCAAAUAAUGUACCGAAAACCAGAAACAAACUGAAAAGUUGGACAAGAUUCUUAAAGCUCACAAUCAGUUGCUGCUCAGGUUGUCUGUCAAACCAAUCAUGGAAGAGCGAAGAAGAAUCGGCUCUUCUCUUAGUACGGCUCGGUUUAGCCCGGAAAGUCAACAUACAACAACAACAACAGCAAGGGUGUUGGAUUCAAUUCCACCCCAUAACUCAGAUAUUCGCGAAAUCGAGAUUCGGACUAACCGCAGCAAAAGCAGCCGUUCAAGGAGUGAGGAAAAUCGGGAAUCCGUCGCUGAAUUCGGACCACUUAUGGGCAUCGGCUUUUCUCGUAUUCGGAUUCAAAUCAGACCCUCCUGUCGUGCAGCUCAAAGCCACCGACAUGGUUCUGUUCAUCAAACGAACGGCUCUCCCGUUAGCAAUACAGUCGUUCACGAAUUUCUCGAGGUGCAACUCGGCUUUGGAGCUUCUGAAAGUCUGCACGAACGUCCUCGAGGAAGUGGAGAAAUCGUUCGUUUCUCAAAUACAGGACUGGUGCCACCACGGAUCCCUGUGCUGGAAGAAGGCGAUUCAGUCGAAUCAGAGGGUGGACGAGUACGUUUGGCAGCAGGUGACUUUGCUGAAGGCGACGUUGCUGGAAACUAGGGCGAAGCUGCUCCUGAGAGGCGGGUGUUUCGAUAACGGGGAGGAGCUCUGCCGGACCUGCAUCAGCAUUAGGACGGUGAUGCUAGGGCAUAACCACGGCCAGACUUUGGCUGCGCAGGAAACUUUGGCUAAGUUAGUCAGAAUGAGAAGCAAGAUAUGAAUAAUCAGUCGCCGGAAAGCAUAAAUUGGCGGCGCAAUUUUGUUCACAGUGUAAUGUAAUAUCAUGCUGCCAUUGUUACUAUGCUAAUUAC